GUGCACGACUACUGCGGCUGCAAUGACAACGCGCCGCAGCAACGCCAUGGCGGCAAGGGCCAAAGCUGGCGGCACCACGAGCAGCAGCGAGGUCGAGGACACCUUUCUGUCGCUGCACCAGCACGAGGGCGUCCUGGGUGUGGUCGCCACCACGGCCGACGGGGCGGUCAUCAAGUCGACGCUGAAGGACGCCCAGGAGACCACCCGGUACGCGCUACUCGCCGCGGGCGUCUGCAGGGAAGCCCACAGCAGCACCGGGAAGCUGCCCUCGUUCUUGAAGAUGAAGGCUGGUGACCGCGAGAUCCUCAUCACUCCCAGCAAGAAGUACACGCUCAUCGCGGUCACCAAGAUCUCGAAUCCAUCCGCGGACGCCACUCAAUAAAGCGUCAACGCGGCUAGCAGCGAUCCACCCUUUG